CCGCAGAGGUGGGUGUCCACUGAAUUUCCUCCUGUUUUCAGGCUCAGCAUGUCCACUGUCAAGGAACAGCUAAUUCAGAACAUAACUCAGGAAGACAAAGCCUCCCGCUGUAAGAUCACUGUGGUGGGAGUUGGAAAUGUCGGCAUGGCGUGCGCUAUCAGUAUCUUACUGAAGGACUUGGCUGAUGAGCUUGCCCUUGUUGAUGCUGACGCGGACAAGCUGAAGGGGGAGGCCCUGGAUCUUCUGCACGGCAGCCUUUUCUUUAGCACUUCAAAGAUCGUCUAUGGAAACGAUUACAGUGUAUCUGCCAACUCCAAAUUAGUUAUCAUCACAGCCGGUGCAAGGCAGGUAGUGGGAGAGACGCGCCUUGACCUGGUCCAGCGAAAUGUUGUUAUCAUGAAAUCCAUCGUUCCUGGCAUAGUCCAAAACAGUCCCGACUGUAAAAUAAUGAUUGUCUCCAACCCAGUGGAUAUUCUGACGUAUGUGGCUUGGAAGAUAAGUGGCCUCCCUCCAACGCGUGUGAUUGGCAGUGGCUGUAACCUCGACUCUGCCCGUUUCCGUUACCUGAUUGGGGAGAAGCUGGGCGUCCACCCUUCAAGCUGCCACGGCUGGGUUCUUGGAGAGCACGGAGACUCCAGUGUGCCCCUGUGGAGUGGCGUGAAUGUCGCUGGUGUGCCGCUGAAGUCGUUGAACCCAGCUUUAGGAACUGACUCAGACAAGGAACAGUGGAAAAAGGUCCACAACCAGGUAGUGGAAAGCGGCUAUGAGGUCCUUCGGCUCAAGGGCUACACCUCCUGGGCGAUUGGGCUGUCUGUGACAGAUCUGGCCGGGUCGAUGCUGAAGAACCUACGGAGGGUGCACCCAGUGUCGACGCUGGUUAAGGGCUUAUAUGGGAUAAAGGAAGAAAUCUUCCUCAGUGUCCCUUGUAUCUUGGGACGAAACGGUGUUACCGACAUUGUGAAGGUGAACUUGAACCCCGAGGAGGAGAGCCUUCUCAGGAAGAGUGCAGAAACCCUCUGGAAUGUCCAGAAGGACCUGAAAUUGUGACGCCUACACACCGAACUUUUUAACAGAUACAUGAUUGCGUAUUUCACAUUUCAACUGUUUCCACAUAAUAGAGAAGUAAAUAAAAUAUUGGAAACCUAUGACAUCACAUCAGUUUCAAAAUUAGAAAAUAAAUGUCAAAGAUGCAUCUCCCCUUCCUGUUCUAUAUAGCUCUGGCUGGCCUCAAAACAGGAUCUGCUAGUCUCCCAGUGCGGAGAUUAAAGGCAUCCACCACCAUGUCUGGCUGAAAUCUCUGCCUUUUAUAAACCCUUUGUCUAUCAACGGAAAUUAUGUCAAGGAACCAAUGAGUGAGUAGUGAUAACUGAGCACGUGUGAUAACCCUGAACUCACAAAACAAACUACUUCUUCCAGUUCUGUUUGACUGUGUUCUCUCGUCUUUGAUCUGUUGCGAUGCCAUAUUCACAUUGUUUCAUUAGUUCCCAUCUCUCUAUAUAAACUGUUUUCUAAAUAAAAGAUCAUUUAUACCAAGGGCCUGGAGAUAAUGGCUCAGCCAUUCCCAGAACUUGCUGCCCUUCUGGAGGACUCUGGUUCGAUUUUUCACCCCCACUUUGUUGCUGACACCUUCCAUAGAUACACAUAUUGGUGAAAUGUUCAGACACAGAACUAAUAAAGCUUUUUAAGAACGACCAUAAGCCGGUGGUGGCAGUGGCACGCUCAGGAGACACAGGCAGAUCUCUGAGUUGGAGCCAGCCUGGUCUACAGCGUAACUUCCAAGACAGCCAAUGCUACACAGAGAAACCUUGUCUAGAAAAACCAAAAAUGGUAAGACCAUAUCAGAAGAAAAUCAGCUCAACGUUUGAAGUGGGGUAGAGCUGGGUGUGGCGAUGCCAGCGCCCAGGAGGCAGGGGACUCGGGCGCAGCAGACCACUCCUGUGUUGCUGUGCAGUGUGGGACUCUGUCCAUGAGCCAGAGCUCAGGGUGCAUCAACUAGUGAUGCUGAUUAAGGCGACACAGCAGUUGCCUCCACGUCCAGGAUGGGAAUGAGCGUGCUGUUCCUCAUCAACACUCGCAAGCCAUUUCCUUGAGUCCAAUUUGAGGCAGAUAUUAGAAAUAUGCAAAAAACCAAAUGCAAGGUGACAUACUGAUAGGACAGGACUCCUCAGGAAACAAGAUACCUGUGUUCUAGGGCUGUUUGUAUAGCAACAAUGGUUGAAGAGGAGGCCUGGAAUUCAGAGACAAACGGGCUGUUAAGAGCACCCAGGUUUAGUUCCUAGCACCUAUAUAGUGGUUCACGACUGGCUAUAGCUCCAGUUCUGGGGGACUGCAUGCCCUUGUUGGGAGCCGCUGUUCUAGCAGCUGCUUUGAUAUUUAAAUCUCAGCGGAAAGACUGGUUUUACCAGGCCUUCACUGAAGUCAGGGAAGAAUUUCCAAGUCCAUCUUUUGUUUGUGACAGCAGGUGGGACAGCUUGUCAAAAUCACACCUCUUGUUUCAACUCCUUAUGAAUUUAACCCAUUGUUCUGAGCUGUUUUUACUCUGGCUUAAAAGCAGUCUGAAAUAAAGCCAGGCGGCUGGUCCAGUCUACUCUCCACUGGAGACUCUCAGAAAGGUCCCAUGUGUUGUGUGUUAGUUUAUUAAUUUUAGUCCUCGCUCCCAACUCAAGAACCAUUCGACUCUGCUAGUGGGCUCCGGCACUUUCUUAGCCACUUGCAAGCACAUUUAAAAAAAAAAAAAAUUGUUUUUUAAAAAGGAGGCCAUGACUUUGUGAGAGUGAAAGAAUAAAGUCCUAGCAUAAUGCUGACCCUGCUCACAGUCUGCCUUCCCGCCUUCCCGGUUCCGGGUACGUGACUUAACUACGGCUUUGUUCAAACCACCCAAUCAGACCCCUGUAACUAUGCUUCUCGCUUCUGUAACCGCGCCUCCUGCUCCCGAGCCCUAUAAAAACCCGUCACCCCAACCGAGAGGCGCGCAAGUCCUCCGAUAGGCUUGGUCGCCCAGGG